ACGUUUUGACAUUUGCUAUGCAAAACAAACAAAUAACCUCACUUUCAAUCAGCUGAUUGAACCCCCAAAUGUUAUUAUUUUAAUAACACAACAAAAAUUGCCUUGAAAAGUUAAUGUCCAGGAACGAUGACGACUAAAAACUACACAUUCUUCCUUUUAACCGGCGAACCUGGAGUCGGCAAGACUACACUUACUAAGAAGUUAUCAACGGAAAUUUCAUCAAAAGGUAUUCAGACUACGGGAUUCUUUACUGAAGAAGUAAGAAAGGGCCGUUCAAGGGAAGGAUUCGAUGUUGUAACCCUGGACGGGACUAGAGGCAGACUGGCGAGAGAUCAGAGCUUAUUAACGGAACCAAUAAAAUACAAAGUUGGAAAGUAUGGUGUUCUAAUUCAGGAAUUUGAAAAUGUGGCUUUGCCUUCAUUGAUAAAGCCAGAUACAACUCAGCCACAUUUGUUGGUAAUAGAUGAGAUAGGCAAGAUGGAAUUCUUCAGUGAUUCAUUCAAGACUGCAAUAAGAACUAUUUUUAGUCCUUCAUCGAACUGUGUUGUACUGGCCACUAUUCCUGUAAGGAGAAGCGAUCAGUUAAUCGAGUCUAUAAGAAAUCAUAACUUGGCCAAAGUGUGGAUGGUAACCAGAGAAAAUAGGAAUACAAUUCAUAAUGAAAUACUUAAGGAAAUAAAUACCACUCUGAACUUCAUGUGACAUGUUUAUUAUAGAGCUAUGUAUAACUAAUAUUUAUUUAAUUAACAUGAAGAAUAUGUAACAUUCAUUUGUUUGAACAUCUGUUUAAAAGCACCCGUCAUUCAUUAAUGUAGAAGCUGAAAUUAUUUUAUAGUUUGAACCCCCAAUGGAGGUGAUAAGUUUACAAAAAAAAGUGUUUGCAUAUAUUAAUGCAUAAUAAAAAAUAAACAUACUGCGAUAACAAAAGUAAUUGGAAAACAUUAAGUAUGAUCAAUCACAAAAUAUAAGGUCAAUAUCAAUAGUAACAUUGAAAUAUGAAGUAAUAAUAGAUUUAAUAUACAAUAGCAACAACAUUAACUUUCAUUGUAAAACUAUUUGAACUAUUUAUUACUGUAAAUUGAUAUUUAUGUAACGCUAUGACAUUUCAUAGCAUUGAUGCUAUUUUUACGGAUUUACUUGAAGGAGUUGCAAAUGUGAAAAAAUAUUGGGAGCCAACUAGUUUUGCCUUCACCUAACACUUACUAAAAUUAUGGCACAAUAAAACCUGUUUCAGAAAACUGAGUUUUCAGGGUGUAACAGAUA